AUGGCCGACCAGCGCGCAGUCAACGACGUCCAGGACAGCGUCCAUGAGGACACGGAGAUGCAUGAAGCAGGCGGCGAAACUGACCGUCUCGAUAACGAGUACGGCAACGAGGAAGACGCCGAUGACUACGAGGACGACUACCCAGAGCCCACCAUGAUGCGGGAUAUGUUCUUCGAGAACCCUACUGAAGAGCUCGGUUACCUUCUUUCCCAGAGCGAAUCAAGGGCACCAUCCCCCGAUCCCAACGCCGACAUGGGCGAGCCACUCACUGCCGAGGAAGAACGUGCGGACGCCAAGUAUCGCAUCAGCCGUCUCACGUACCACCUGUCGCUCUCCAACACUGCGAAUGAGCGCCUACAGGACGCUAGGACUGCAUUGAUCGCGGACAAGGAGAAAGUGAUGCAGGCAGCGAAGGAGGCAGCGAAGGAGGCCGAAGAGAAGAUCAAGGAUGCAGAGGAGAAGGUCAACGCUUUGAAGCUCCAGCUAGAGACUUACAAGCAAGCUGCCAUCAGGGAUGCGAUGGCGCAAGAGAAGAAGGUCGCGCAGCUGCAGCUGCAAAUGGAACGUAUUUCAGUGCAGAACAGCGGUAUAGCCCCGCCUGCUGCUGUCGCGCCGGCUGUAGUUGCAGUCGCUUCGAACGAGGUCGCCAUGCUUUCGCCUCCAGUCGCUGUCCCUCCCACUGCCAUCGCGAUAGGCGCACAAGGUUACAGGUAA